GUACGACGUCACCGUCUGUAGAUAUCCGAACGAUGCGCCAUGGUGGACCGAUAGUCAGCGCCAUUAAACACACUUUUUGCCUUGAUUUCAGGCGAGAAUCGGCGUAGAAACCACCCAGGACUUACUAUGGAUAGUGCCUGGUUGUUGUACAUUGGUUCUGUCUCGUUAGAAGUCGUAUGAAGCGUCCAUGGCCGAAGGGUUGGACAAUGACAUGAACCAACAACAACAGCAAGAGAGCGUUCCGCAUGGCCAGGAGGCGUUUCACACUCCUUCCUUGCUUUUAGAGAACAGUUAUUUGGACGCUUCCAGUGCGCCUGUAACCCAACAGCAAGCUCCAUUAGCUCAAUCUGGUGCAAAUCAGGGACAGAAAAAGAAAAGUGCGUUUCAAAUAACUAGUGUUACAGAAACACGGGCCCAUAGUCGUGGUGACAGUAAUGGCUACGAUUUGGAGGAUCUGAACGAAAGUGAUGUUACAGAAAUUGAGGUAGAAACGGUUGAUGAGUCGCUUAGUAGGAAUGGAAAUGGUGGCUCGAGAUUCAAGGUUGUUAGAAUACAAAGGAAUGAUCCGUAUGUGCGAGGCCGUUGGCAAUGCCAUGACUUCGCUGACAUCGAGCAAGUCACGAGCUCCGCUCAGAGUCAGGGCAGUGGAGAAAAUCGUGAAGUACACUCUACCCAUAGUACUGCACCCUCUACAUCUCAUAGCAUUACGAACCAUAUCUCGCUAGAAUCGAAUACCUGGACGGACUCAUCUUUAGCAAAUCAUAGAAAUUCUGUGGAUGUACCUAGUAGUUCAAAGCAACCAAUUCUUGCUCAGAAUUUACCCGGGCAUGUGAACUUUGAGGCAAGUUCGACGAGAAAGAAGGACCCUGAUCCAGCGCAUUUAUCGGCUGCUUCUAAGCCGGACGGCAGUGAUUCAGCCUCUUUUGCAUCGAGUGCUUCUUCUGCUGGAUCUGAAAGGCCCGAUAAACUAAACGAAGCGGUCAAAAAGAUUCCUGGAGUCAGUUUAGGUCAUCAAGGACUUCCAGAAGAAGAAGAGGAACUGCCAAUAGUUAAUACAAUAGCCACCGCAAUGGAUCAGAUAACUCAAAUAAAGUCAGCGCUGCUCACUGUAGUCCAUGAAGAAGUGCAAACCUUGAAGGACACUAUAUCUAAGCUAAAAGAAGAAAAUGAGGAACUGAAAGUAGAAAAUGAAAUGCUAAAACAAAAAGUGGAGCAUCAGGAGACAUAACCAAUGGCUGACAUUCAUGCCAGUCACUUGACUCCAACACUGAAUAUGACAAGAUAGUUUAUUUUCAAUUAUAAAAAUGCAAAAUAUGUGUACCCAUCUAUGGGUAUGCUGGUUUGUGAAAAAGUGUCACAAGAUGGUCAAACAGCUGUGUUGAUGGCAAUUGAAGGGUUAUCCCAAGUAUUCCAUGGGUAUCGUCACCACUAAAAUGAAUGUUUCAGGAAUUUAUUAUAGAUUAUUUUCUUAGAUAGAAAGAAGAGAAAGGGUACAGAGUACCUGCGUUUGGCCAGAUAAUGUUGUUGGGUUGUAAGGAAAUAAUGUUGGUUAAAUUUCUCUGCUUAAACAUUGUCCUGCAAAAGGUGAGAGCUUACAUUAUGCUUUCCUCUGAAUUCCUCAGAAGCUUAGGCUAUGCAUGGGCGCUUGGAUAGUCUCAGUCUCCAAACUAUCUGUGUUUAAAAUUUGGAAUUCAGUCAGACUUGUUGUAUGUGCAUCUAGUGAACUAUUGAUUUCAGCUAAAACUGAGCCAAUCUACACCUUUCUCACGUUUAAAAUGAUCCCAAUUUACCCUUCAACCUAUGAAGAACCUCGGCUGAAUUAACUGAUUAAUGAUUAACUGGCACUUCUACAAACAAACCCAGUUGCUAGCAUGUGCAGGUCACUUGGCAUUCAGCGCAUAAGAGUGGAGGUGAAUAACAGCAUUUGUGGCGGUUUAAAGCAUGUGUAGGGGUUCUUUAAAGGUUGGAGGGUAAAUUGGGAGUAAACCGGAAAUCAAUUGUCCACUAUACGCACAUACACAACGAUUCUGAUUGAAAUAUCAAAUUUUCAAAUGCAGAUAGUUUAUAGACUGGGACUAUCCUAGUGUCGUGGGCUAUGCUAUGAUGAUUAUACUACUAUCACAGGUAUAGUAUUCUUUUGCUUCAACUAUCAUGACAACUGGAAUGACAAUAAUAUGUAGAUUGGAGGAAGGAAAACAAAGGAUUUGGCUAGUAGACUGCAAAAUUGCACUAGGGAGCUAUAUUAUUAGUCUCUACCAAUAGGCUUAUUGACAAAUAAUGUAGAAAUAUGGCCAUGGUGGCAGUAUCCCAAUGAAAAAGAUGUACAUAGGAUCCUCCUAAAAUUACAUUUAAGACUGGGACAAGAUAAAAUAUUUUUAGUGAAUUUUUGAAUGUCUUCCAGAAAGGCAUAUCCCAAGGCUUCACACAAAAGAACUAUACUUUAUUUUAGAACAUUUUGGUGAUGUUGAAAAAAAUAUCAGGAUCUCCCCUCCCCACCUGCACAUAGAAUUCUAUUUUAGACACACUUUAGGGCCUGUAUGAACUUGGUAAAGAGGAUUGGAACAGUUUGUAGAUUUAUUUGGUAGGAUGUCAUCACAGCAAAUGCCUAUGAUUAACAUAUUUCUCUGACUUGUGCCUAUUACAAAUUAUUAUCAUAUUAUUGGUCACUUUUGGCUAUUUUUUUCAUUACAAGUUCAUACUGGAUAGAUAUAUAGGAAGCCUUAGUUUGUAGUGCACUAGACCUGAUAUUAAACAACUGAUUCAUAAA